CGCAGCGCAACAAGCGUCUUUGGCUUAAAAUUGUUACCAAUUGUGAAUGUGAAUUUCAGUUAAACGCCGCACUUUUACCAGUCCAGUUGACUUUGUCCGACAGUGGGCGCCAAUACAUUUAGUUGAGCCAAUAUAGUAUAUUUACUUAGAUUGUUAGCUGAUAGAGUUGAGCAGCGAACGCGCAUUACUGUGUGUGUCUAGUUAGUAGAAAGCAAAACGUGAGCGUGCGUACUAAGCGUUUUUGCAAUUUUGUGUUUCUAACGGAUUUCGAUUUGUGAACUAAGCAAAAAGCUUUCGGAAAUAAAACAGCAAAUUUUGCUGGGGAUGAACAUGAAUUUGAAUAACUCCAGAGAAAGCAAUAAAAAAUAGUUGAGUUGAAAAAAAAAACAAACUACAUUUUUGUUAUUAAACUCGAAAUUUAAAUCCAUUGCAAUUUACUACAAUUGUGUGUGUGUUGUUGAGCCAAAAAAAAAGAAGAAAAGUGCUGAACAAUUUACAAGAAUUUCAGCAAGAAUAAACACAACCAAAAAAAAAAAUAAAAAAAAAAAAUACAAAAAAUUCCCAGCUUAUAAUUGCAAACUAAAAUCCAAUUUGCGUAGUUCAUCAUCCAUCUGCUGCGUCUGUUCCCGUUUUUCUUGUUGCUGUUUUGUAUGUGCUUUGCUUGUGCAACAUGAGAUUGAUGUACUACAACGCUGUAUUGUUGGGCGCUUGCUGCCUGCUGGCAGGAAUCGCUGCCCAAGGAUUUAAUCCCAAUCGUGCUGUAAAUGAAGUGCCCAUACCAUUUCACAAUCAAUUCCGCCGCCAGGCGCAAUUGCAACAACAACAACCAUUCUACCUACAGCAAAAUCCAAAUGUGGAAGUUCCAAUCCAAACACAGCAGCAACGCAACCGACAAGUGCAACCUGCUUUGAAUACACGCUUCCCGCCCAGCGGCAACGGACGUGGCAACUUCGCCAACAGCCCUACCAAUAAUAACAACAACAACGAACAAUACCAAUCAAAUUCGCUUUAUCAGCGCUCCACACAGAACCAACUCUAUACGGCACAGCAGCCCAUACGAUUCCAGCAGGCACAGCAAUCACAGCCCCAACAGCAACAGCAGCAGCUGCAGCAAUCACAACAACAACAACAACAAAAUCUAGACCAGCACACGCAGAAUUUCUUGACUUUGCGUAACUUUGGCAAUCAGCAGGUGGGUCCACAGCAAAGCUUGCCACAACGCUCCUACAACAACAAGCCAUUCCAAUCGCAAUCGCCAACGCAAUCUCAGCAACAGCAGCCGCUGCAGCAGCCACUCUACUCGACGCUACCCAAUAGCGUUUACCAACAACAACCACAACAACAACAGCAGCAGCAGCAACCAUCUUCUUCGAAUUUUGGUUUGCCACAGACACAACAGAAGCUGCCGAGUCCACUGCCAGUGCCUACUUUCCAGACACAGAGUGUAGCGCAGGCGCCACUGAAAGCUGCUUUCUCCACCACGCCGCAGCUAAUUUUCCAACAACAGCAACAUCAGCAAUUACCGCUACCCAUACCACAGCAGCAACAACAACAUACAAACUAUCAGCAAUUGCCACUGCAAGAGCAGCGCCAAGGUGGUCCAUUCCAGCUGACUCCCAAUUUGGGCUUGCCAGUUCCACAAAUCUUCCCCAAUCUACAGUCGACAGCUUUUCCAGCGCUGUCACAGCAGCAACAGCAACAGCAGCAACAAUACGUUAGUCCGCCCUUUUCUACGCUACCAACGCCACAAGCGCAAUCCGCUGAUCAGGAGUACAAACAGAAGCUCAUCCAGAAACACGAACAAUUCGUACAGAAACAAUACGAGAAAUCACAGAACAAAGUGCGCCAGCAACAUGAAGACUUCCUCGCCAAGCAGCAGACACUCAAACAGCAGUUGGCACCCACAUUGCAGCAACGACCACAGCAAUUGCAACUGCAGCAGCAGCAGCAACAGCAACAGUAUCAAGACUAUCAGCCACCACGCAGUCGCCCGGUAGCUCCAACCGAGCUGCAUCUCUUCUCGUCCGCUUUGCAGAAGUACCAUGAGGAGCAUCCGACCACUACGACAACAACCACCACGACUACUACCACAACCGCCGAGCCACCAGCGCAGCCGAGCGGUAAACAAAGCAGCAAGAAUGUCUAUGCGCAAGUGAAGGCCGAGCUGGGCAAGUACGGCAUGAAAACUACGCCAGGCAAGAAGUCUGUCAAGACUAUCGGCCGCGAUGAGCUGUUAAAGCAGCUGAAGGCCGCUUUGGCUGAGGCGCCACAGAAGGAUGUGGACAACAAAACCUACUCCGAAAUGGAUCUAGUGUUGCCGAAUGGCCAGCGCGUGCAAGUUAUACGUACCACCGAUCCCAACUUGGUUAAGGGUCAGCAAGCGCUUUCGCAAGAUCAAUUUCAAACCUUACUGGCACAACAAGGUGUAUCUGCGGCUGAGCAGAUCGUGCCAGUCAGUGCACCAGCAGGUGAAAAAGUGAGCUUGGCUGAUGUGGCGCCUGAAAGUGCCAAGGAUCUGGUUCUACCGAAUGGAUCAAAAGUUCAAAUUUCCCGCUCACCCGAUCCACAGGCAGCUAUUGAUCCACAAUCUUUGCCAGGCGGUGUUGAUUUCGCUAAUUUGGCCUCACUGUAUGGCGGCGACAUUGAAGGCAUCUCAAGCGGCGCUAAUAGCAUUGCCAGCUCAGCAGUAAUUCAGUCAGACUCCGACGAACCACCCACACUGGAGGAGUUAGCCAAGCGUGGCCUCAUUCCAGAUGGCUAUGAAAUCGAAGGCUUAAGUUCGAAUAAACCAGCACCUGUACCGAAGGUAGCACCCACAUUGCCACCGAAGAAGAAGGCCACAUACGUUUACUUGGAGGAGCAAGCUGAUGGCAGUUUCAAGAUACAAGGCGUUAAAGCCAAUGGCGAGAAGGAGACUAAGCAAACUGGCGCAGAGGUGGAGAGCAUUUUGGAGCGCAUACGCAGUGGAGAAAUCAAGCUGCCACCCUCUGUUUCACGCCUCACAUUGCCCAACGAUGAAGUGGUCGAGAUACAGGGUGGUAACAUCAUCAAAACCACUGCUGCCGCACCCACAAAGCCUAGCACGACUACCACUUCCACUACAACCAGCACUACUACCACGACCACCACCACAACCGAAUUUCCAUUCGCACGCACAUCACCCAUACGUCAUCAUUACCAUGCGUCAUCACGCGCAACGACAGCACACGCCUACCCUAGCACUACUUAUGCACCACUAAUACACCGUUCGAGCCCAACGGUAGCUCCAGAGUCUACGUCCACCACUUACUACACGACUCCGGCGCCCAUUUACACCGCCUCACCCGCGCCUGUGACUUAUGACACCACAACUCCAUUUGCCGUCAGCGAAAGCUUGGUUGAAGCAGUACCCGUAUCGGGUCAUUACACCGAUACGCUGGUCCAGGAGACAGAAAAUACCGAAAAGGCUGCUGAAGCGAGCUCUACAAAUCCCAGUGAGGACCUGUUGCAGAUACUCAAAUCGAAUGGACUCUUCGCGAUGUCCAAGUACUUGCGUCAAUCAGGUUUAGAUAGCAUACUGAACGAGACUGGACCAUAUACGAUUUUCGUACCGACGGAUAAGGCGUUCAAAAAUCUAUUGGUGCAACUUGGUGGCCCCGAGCGUGCGGAAGAGAAAUUCAAGGCGAAUCCCAGACUACUGAGUGGCCUUUUGCUGCACCACGUGAUACCUGGCGCUUUUGAAAUUGCAACACUGCAAGAUGAGAUGACAGGCGUUUCAUUGGCCGGCACACAGCUGCGCGUUAACCAAUACACAAUGCAUGAUCAAGAGUGGAAUGAUGUGACUAUCACUACCAUAAACGGUGCAAUGGUUUUGCUGAACAAAAAGGACAUAAAGAUACCACAAGGAGUAGCGCAUGCCGUCGAUCGCGUCAUGUUCCCACUACCAGUCGGCGAUCUCUUGCAAACCCUACAAUCGGAUCGCGAAAAUCGUUUCUCAAACUUCUUGAAAAUUUUAUAUACUUCUGGACUAUCGGAGAAGCUACAGAGCAAAGGCAUUAAAACCUACACAGUCUUUGCGCCAGUGGACAAGAGCUUCCGCGACAUGGAAUCCGACACUCUAGAAAAGCUUUUCAAUGACAAAGAUGCCGCCGAAGAGUUUGCCAUGAAACACAUAGUAACCGGUUCGCUUUUCUCAGCUGGCAUGCGCUUCUAUCAAGUUAAGGAUUCAUUAUUGACUGGUAAAACCGUUAUAUUGCAAAAAACAUCAGCGGGUAAAAUCAAAGUGAACGACGCACAAAUGGUCAGCUCCAAUAUACCAGCUACAAAUGGCGUUAUUCACGCAUUAGAUGGUGUGUUGGCGUGAGCUUAAAGCUCUGUGAAAAUAACAUGUUUAAGUUAGCAAUUAACGAAGGAUUCUAUAAGGUUUUUAUUUAAGUAACGAAUGCAAAUAUUAUAUUUUCAAAAUCAUUGAAAUUAUUUGCGGUUAAAUUGGUUAAAAAAAAGAAGAGGGAAAAUUUAAGAAAUGUAAACUUACAUAUGUAAAUCUUGCCAGGUGCGCUUUGUUAGCUCUUAAAGCUAUAAAGUUACAUAGUAGAUAUUACUGUGGGAACAUUUGGUUAUUUAACUAGUUCAAUUUUUUUUUUAAGAAAAUAAUUCCAGAAAACAACAGAAUCCGCUGGUGCUUCCAAAUACAUACAUAUGUAAGCGAUCGUUGUGAAAUAAAUAGCUACGAUUGCUUCCCGUUUUCAAGAAAAUGGGCUCCGGUCAUAUUUAUAUUGCACAUCAUUGGUUUGAAACAAUAUUCAGAAGUAUCUAUUUUGGUUAAAUUUGUGUAUUAAAAACUUUUCGGCAAACAGAUGAAAGCUUUUACAUUAAAAUGGCUGCUCUUCAAGAGCUUAAAUCGGUUAUGGGCACGCAGAGCUGUCUCCUAGUGCGUUCUUACAUAAAAGCCCUGCAUGCGAGCAAAGCUGUUGCCAUCCCAGGCUUAAAAGUGCAUGGUAUACUACAAAAGCUUUGUGUUCGAAAAGCCGAAAGCUCGUUUUUUAUCUACAUAAAUGAAAACUUUCUUGAAAAACAUAGCUCGUUUUUGUUUCGAAAAAUGCCUUAGCUUCCCAGAUAUAAAUGAGCUUUUUCUGCCCGCUAACAUAUUGAUAUUGCCAGAUCCUAAGGCAUUGAAAACUUUUUUCUCGAUCAUUCCCUUACAAAAACAUCCCUAUGUCUGCACGAACGUAUUUAAAUGAUA